CCGCUAGGGAUUUGUCCAAGUCAAGGAGACUCGAAGGUGGAAUUUGUGAUCUGUUUUUUGCCGUUUUAUUACUGAACUGGUGUCCAGGCGCAUAACCCACUCAGAAGAUGACCAUCAAAGUUUGUGUGUGUGGAGGCGGCAAUGGUGCCCAUACCUUGUCCGGUCUCUCCGCAUCCCGGGAAGGAGUGGAGGUUCGUGUCCUCACUCUGUUUGCUGAUGAAGCAGAGCGCUGGACCAAGGCAAUGGAGGAAGCGGGUGGCCUCACUGUACUGGUGACCGAAAAAGAUGGUACAACCACUGAGAUAAAGUCAAAGCCGCAUGUUGUCACCAAAGACCCUAAGAUUGCGAUCACUGGAGCUGAUGUCAUCAUUCUGACUGUACCAGCUUUUGCACACGAGGGUUACUUUCAGGCCAUGGCGCCACAUAUCCAGGACUCUGCUCUUGUUGUUGGUCUCCCUAGCCAGGCUGGGUUUGAGUUCCAGUGUAGGGACAUCCUUGGAGCCAAAGCAGCUGCAAUCUCCAUGAUGUCCUUUGAAACUCUCCCCUGGGCAACCCGCAUCAAGGAGUUUGGUAAGAAAGUGGAGGUAAUGGGUACGAAGUCCGUACUUGCAGCGUCUUUGAUAAAAGGCACUGCAAAAACUGUGGACCCUCUGUCCACUCUACAGUUGCUGCACGGAGCUGAACCCAAAUUCCGCCUUGCUAAGCAUUUCUUAGAAAUGUUGAUCAUGAGUUACUCCUUCGUCCAUCCGGCUAUCUUGCAUGGACGAUGGAAGGACUGGGAUGGAAAACCAGUUCCGGAGGCACCAUUGUUUUAUCAGGGGAUAGAUCAGGCAGCGGCAGCCAUGCUGACGAUUUGCAGCGAUGAGUGCAAGGCAGUUGCCCAGGCAAUCAUGAAGGCUUGCCCCGACACUGACCUGAAUGACGUCAAGGAUAUAUACCAAUGGUACCUUGAGUAUUACAGAGAGGACAUUGUUAAUGACAGUGAUUUGUUUCAUGCCAUCACUACUAACAAGUCUUACAAGGGACUUGUUCACCCUGUGAAAGCAGUUGCGGGGGGUGUCGUGCCCGAUUUCAGCAACCGUUACCUUACAGAGGAUAUCCCUAUGGGUAUGAUUGUAUUCAAGGGGGUUGCUCUAGCAGCCGGUGUUCCCAUCCCCAACAAUGAUAAACUCAUCUGCUGGGCCCAGGAAAAGAUAGGCAAGGAGUAUUUAGUCAAUGGACAGUUGACUGGAAAGGAUGUGGCCUUCACCAGAUGUCCUCAGAGAUAUGGCUUCAACACAUUGAAUGCCAUCAUCACUGGUAAAAAGUAAACAUCAAAACUCAAGUUAGGAGAUAACUUUUGUUGAGAAUGAAUCACGACUCUAAGUAGUCUAGGGUUUGUGUUAUGAAUCCUAGCUGCCGGUAAAAACUUAUUGAGAUCUCGCAAUUUCAACUCAUGUUACAAUCCCAGGAAUGUUAGUUAGGUUUGUUGUAUUGAUGGCCCUCAGAAUAUAUUCACCCUUAAAAUGCAAAUCCUGGCUUUAGUUUGAUAAGGUCUGUAUUAAAGUUAUAUGUUUUACAAGUCAAAGGCAUUUCAGUUGAUGAUAUGAGCCCAAUGAUACAGUAAUUUUCAAUGUAUAAUUUGUACACAGUUCAUGUGCUGACCACAAUGCAGGGAUGCAUCUGAAAAUGGACACUCACGAUUUGUUGAUGUAGAACUCAGGAAUUCAACAAUACUAGUGAUGGCUGACUGUCCAUAAUUCCUGGUGAUGAUUUUAUUUCUGAAAUCCAAAUUGUUAAUUGUUUCUCUCAUGUGCCAGAAAAUACUACUGCUAUGUUAUGUUGUCAUAGACAAUCAUUUAGUUACUUAACAUAGAUUAUGUGUUCAACAUAUUUAAGACAACUGUUCAGUUACUGUACAAAGACAAUGUGUUCAAUAUGUUUAAGACCACUAUUUAUGAAAUAUGUCUGUGAAGAUUUUGGGUAGAUCAAAAUUUACUACAUGAACUAGUCGUGCAAAAUGUCUGUAGUUUCUUGGUAUUUCAAAUUUAACAUGUUUUAUUCCACUAUUUUUUACACCUGAAUAUCUAAUGUCAGGCUUUUGAGUUGGAAUCAAUAGUACUGUAGAUGGAGGCAAAAGCACCCCCUUUAAACCAAGCACAUUCAUCCAUUAGAAAUUCAUUUUCUAUAUUGAUUUAAUACCCUUAGAUAAGUAUUGCUUGUGCUAAGAAAUUUUGUAUGUUUUGUUAAUGUUAUUUUAUGAUACCAAAGGUGUCACGGAAAGUUGUUUUACUUCAGAGUUUUGCUUGACAUUUAAUAUAGUGUACAUGAUAACUGUAAAAUACUUGAAGCAGAUAUUUUAAAGCCAGACUUAAACAAUAUGUUAUCAUCAGAUGUUACCAUUAGAAUAAU